AUGGAGUAUUAUGAAGCAGAAGAAGGCCAUUACGAGUUAAUCUCUAGUGAAGAGUAUGAUGAACAAAUCCAGAGUUUGUCCGAUGGAGAUGUUGACUAUGAAGCACCGCCGUGGCCAGGAGAUUGUUAUUCGAGAUCUGAUUUUGAGGAAGCGACAGAUGUUGAAGGAUCUAAUUCUGAAUUCGAAGAUGAAUCAGACGGUGAAGAUUUUGAACCAAAGACACCAUACUAUGAAGAAAGUGAUUCACAAUUCAGUGGAGAAGAAACCAAGCAAUAUGGUGAAGAAACUUGGCACCAUGAGAUUGAAUCUGAAGCUGAAGAAGCAUGGGAUGAAAGAACUGAUUCUGAAUUUAGUUAUGAGACUAAACCUGAGUGUGAGGGAAGUCCACAAUGA